GCUCCGAUGCCAGCAUCAGUCGUCAGGAAGUGACGUCCUUACACCGCACCGUCCACGUAGCGUUUCGAGUACUCGCACAAAAUAUUCCAUAGCGAUACGUUGACAGGACAUUUCGUGCAACGUACUUGAGUAACGCGCAACGAUCUCAAUCGCUAUGGAUCAAAUUAAGAAGCUCACCGAGCCUGGUCGCCAAUUUGCCAAGGACAGCAUACGGCUUGUCAAAAGAUGUACCAAGCCAGAUCGCAAAGAGUUCCAAAAGAUAGCUAUUGCCACUGCAAUUGGCUUUUGCAUAAUGGGCUUCAUAGGAUUUUUUGUUAAGCUAAUUCAUAUUCCAAUCAACAACAUCAUUGUAGGUUCAUAAAUUAUAUCCUGAGAUUCUUGUUACUUUUAAGAAGAUUAUUGUUAAGAUCACACAUAAGGUUACUUCCGUUGUUGUAUGUCCCUCUAUUAUUUAUAACACAAAAAUGUGUUUACUCGGUACUGAAUUGCUUUGGCAAGUGAGAUAAGUGAGAGAGAUGAUGUGCGCAUAAUAUAUUAAUGAAUUUUAUAAUAAAACAGUAAUCUAAAAUCG